ACGGGGGAGGUGCAGACCACGGGCUGGUGGUGGUGGCAGGCGUUGUGUCCGUUGCAGGAGAGCGGGUGUGUGAUUGGGUAGAAUGGUCUCAUGGAGGCGAAGGAGGAGGGGAGUUGAGGAGGGGAGGAGCAGACAUUGUAUACUUAUAGGCAUGGUCGGACGUUGGAUCCUUUUUUUCUUCUCUUUCGUUUUCUGUAUCUCCCUCACGUACGCUCUUAUAAUACAGCACGCAUCCGCUUACGAUUGCACGAUACCCAUCUUAGAGUGCCCUAAAGGACAAGUCAUGGAACUACCAUUGGUCCCAGCUUUGGCGUUGCGCUCUGGCGUCAGCUGAUUCGCU